AUGCGCAGGGCAUUAAACCCGCGGCUGUUCCGUGAUGCAGCUCCCGCACCUCACAUCACGGACUCUCCCUUAAGCUCCGACCCCCAGCAGACCCCCACCAUGCAGGUGUCACUGGUGUGUACGGAUCACCGCGGGGGGGUGAGCCGGACCACGGAGGACCGGCUGAACCGGCAGAACGCCAGCAGCCCAAGCACCGGGACCCGCAGCAAGUUCAAGGCCGUGGCUAUGGUGGCGCGAAGCCUGGGUCAGCUGUCCGUGCAGAGCGUGCCCUCCUCCAGCGAGCAGAGCAUGAAGACCGGCAUGAAAUACCGGUACAAGCACUCACGCUAA